CACCGAUCUUCCAUUGAUAUCUGCCGCGGACAGUCCUUUUAGCGUUUAUUGUCCAUGACAUGUCGACUAUACCCCCUUUCACUACAUGCCUUGUGAUUGCUGGAAUCAUCUACCUCCAAAAGUUAUGUUGAGCGUGGGCGCGGAUUUAACAGCAAACUUCAUGCUAAUGGCUUUCGGGGAUUCUCAGCAGUUUCCCUUUUUUCGGGCUUGUGGCCAGAAAGUUUGUGGCCGACUCAGGAUUGCUCAGUUGAUGUUUUAGCGGACACCGUAUCCGUAACCUCUCUUUCCUUUCUCUCCGCCCGUUUUACGUUUGUCUUCUAUGAGCUUACGCUACAUCAACAGUAGCUUACAGCAGCUUGCUGGUGAACUUCAAAAGUCUUACAAACAGCUUCCAGCUCCAGUUGUCACAGCUUCCACCACUUUAUUCGUGUCGUACUUUGUGUACAAAAUUUUCUCCUCCACAAACAAACGACCCAAGAACCUCCCACCAGUCGUACCAUACACCGUACCUUUUAUCGGCCAUGGACUCACCAUGAACAGAGACCCAGCCAAGUUCAUUCAGCGGUGUAAGGAGAAAUAUGGUCCUGUCUUCGAGAUCUACUCGUACGGACAAAAGCUUACAGUCAUCACCGGGAAAGAGGUCGUAGACUGUUUCAGGAUGGGCGAUGAAUAUCUUGAUUUUCAAGAAGGCCUCAAGGAAAUGUUACCAACGGCGCACAUCGUCACUAUCAGCUACGACAAGUUGAAGCAACCUGAAGGCCCUGAUUUUCCAUGGUCAAAGCAUCCCUUCGUUCAUUUGGUACGCAACAAUCUCAAAUCACAUCAAAUUGGUUUCUUUCAGAAUCGGAUCAUGGAUGCUACUGAAAGAGGGAUGAACAAAGACAUUACAUUCCUACCUGGUGAGAAUUCCACAACUGUGGAUGCCAGCGUCUUUUUCCAGACAGUUGUUGCACGCAUCAGUGCUCAGGUGUUUGCUGGUGAAGCUUAUGCGGACAAUGAACCUCUCAUCCAAGCCCUUGCCACGUUUGCUCUUAGUGUAUUCAAAGCAAGCGUUGUUCAAGCCACGUUCCCAAGAACCAUCGCUGACUUCAUUACUCGACGAUACAUGUCGGUAGGCAAAAACAUCGACGUGAUUAUGAGAGAAGUGGUUCCUCAUGUCGUGGACAUAAAGCAAAAGGAAGAUCAGUUUGGUGAAAUGGAACCAAACGACUUUAUGCACAUGAUGCUUCAUACUCCAGCCGCCGACGAUCAUGCGCACACACCUGAAGAGGCCGCAUUCUGGUUGAAGGAUAUUGCGCUUGCCAGUAUCCAUACCACUAGUAUUUAUCUAGGUAUCGCCUUGCAUGAUCUGUCCGACCGCCCUGAUAUACAAAACUUGUUACGAAAGGAAAUGGAUGAGACAAGAGAAAGGGUUGGCACCCUUACACCUGAGGUAGUCAGUCAAAUGCCAAUUCUGGACUCUUUUUUCCGUGAAUCACUCCGCAUUGGAAGUGACUAUGUUGGUUUCCGCCAUAAGGUAAUGAAGGAGACUGUUCUCCAAAGUGGUAUUACUCUCCCAGAAGGAUCGACCAUCGGACUAUCAGUAUUCGAUGCUCAUAUGGAUCCAGAGUUGCAAGAAAUUGGUCCCAACGGCAUUCCUCUGAGUGAAUUUGACCCUUGCCGUUUUGUUGGAAGGAAAUCAAAGAAGAGUACUGCAGUAGGUCCAGAUUUACUUAUUUUCGGUGUAGGAUACCACUCUUGCCCUGGCCGUUACUUUGCUAGCGUCGAGAUCAAGUAUCUGUUAGCUUCCAUCAUCGACCGGUAUGAUAUAUCUGCCACCACCAAAGACGGAAAGCGUGCUCCUAAUCGACUUGCUCUGGUAAGUACUUCACCAGGCCGGGAAACAUUUGAAUUUGUCCCACCAUCUGAUGUUUCAUUCUUAUUGUGUCUUUUUAGGGAAUGGUCAUGGUGGUACCUGCACAGCAUGUUAGGUUCACCAAGCGAGCUCAACACACCGUAUAGCAAAGAUAAUCGAUGUACUAUAUAUUUGCAUAAUUUAUUCCAUAAAUCAAAAAUGGAACGUGAUUGACUAUUCUUGACUAUCCUCUCUUUCUUUCAAAAAUCACGAUUUUGAAUCAAUGGUGGCAGAAUGUAAAAGUGAUAUCAUCCGCAACAUUGAGCCAAGAUAUGGAUAUUACACGCCACGACCUUUUUCCAGACUAUUCUAAUCAACCGCUCG